CGACCUUUUCUUUCUCCACAUUCGGGGGAUAGUCUAGUAGUUGGAGCUUAAUAGAUUUCAGCAACAUCAGGAGCAAGGAUUUAACGGAAUCUACUUUCCAUUCGCACUCAGGUCUUCAUCAACGUUUUUCUCCUACUUUGUUACAUUCAGCCAUGUCAAGUCGUUCACAAAGACUUCAAAGACCGUCAGUGUUGCAGGAUAACACUUUUGUAGGGACAACAACAAUGCCUACUGGUCAACAUAGUGCUACGGGGACACUUAGGAAACACUCUCAUUCUAAAGCAGCCACCACCAGUGAAUCGCAGAGCAGCACAAAAUUGCUGGAAGCCUCUAGUGGACGAGCGCGUUCGGAUUCUAUGCCAGCACGGAAUAGAGAGGCCUCUGGGAUGUUUGCAGAUGAUUUGCUCCGAAAGAUCAGUUCAAAAAUCACAAAAAACUCUACAGUUAGGAGCCAUGAUGCCCAAUACGACGGAAACACUCAUCUUCGGGCGCCGUUAAACUCCAGAGUGGCAUCAAAAUCAAAUCUGGAUGCGGAAAGGUUUGCAAAGCGCGGAGAGCCAGUGAAAGUGGGGUCAUUGAGUUUAAAACUACAAGAGAGCGCCAUAAUUGAAGAUUUACUAUUUACUAUGAUGGGGAUCGAAGGAAAGUACAUUAUCGAGGUGGGUCCUAAGGUUUCUCAGGAUAAAGAUGCAGAAUACAUCCACAAAGAGUUUAAAACAGACGGGAGUCUUGAUCCUUCAUUACGGGAUCUUGUGUCAAGGAUCUUGCCAUUAGCUUCAAUAUAUUUGUCUCUGGAAGCCUUCGUUGAGUUACAUUCGCGGUUCGAGUAUGGCUUUGUCAGCCAUGCCCUGUGUGCAGCCAUCAGAAACCUUUUAAAGGAGUAUUUGAUUUUAAUUGCACAACUCGAGAAUCAAUUCCGAUUGUCUCCUGAUUUUACGCUUCAGAAACUUUGGUAUUAUAUACAACCGACCCUACAGACAUUGAGCUCUCUGGAUGUGCUCGUUGGCGUGAUUAGGGUGGCAGGCAAGAGAGAGCCCCCAAAAGAUGAGUUUGAGGCACUUCUACAACCAAUGGAUGAAGGCAUUCCUUUAGAAAGCAAGGGUGGCAGUAUCCUCGCUAUUAUUGCUGCUGGAAUGUUCAAUAUGAGUGGAGACCCUGUGACCAAAAAACUAUAUGGAUUUCUCUUAAAUAAGGCAUCAGUACCGUACAUUGCUAUGCUGGAAUCAUGGAUUCAUAAGGGAGAGAUCCGAGAUCCGUAUGAGGAAUUCAUGAUCGUAGAGAGCCGUAAAGUCAGCAAAGAGGGUAUCAAAGAAGAUUUCAAUGAUGCAUAUUGGGAACAACGGUAUACUAUCCGGGAAAACUAUGUACCCUCCUUCUUAGUACCACUACAGCAAAAAAUCUUACUUGCAGGAAAAUAUUUGAAUGUUAUCAGAGAGUGUGGAAUUCAUCUGUCAGGCUCCGGCGCGAAUCAAAAUCAAAACAAUUCUACGACAAGUAAUCAAGAGUUUGGAACUUACACUGAACGGAAUGACGUUCUGGCAGCAUUGAGCGGAGGCAGGCUGGUGGAUACAAUUGAUGCUGCAUACCAUUAUGCGAAUAGGAAACUCCUGGACUUGCUGUUAAAAGACAAGCAACUUCUUGGACGCCUUCGGUCAAUGAAGAGAUAUUUUUUCCUUGACCAAUCAGACUUCUUCACGCACUUUCUGGAUCUAGCAUCUGCAGAAUUGAAGCGACCUUGGAGAGAAGUAUCUCUUACCAAGCUACAAUCUCUACUAGACCUAGUUCUCCGCAACCCGUCAUCCGUCACAGUCAAUGAUGUCUUUAAAGAAGAUCUUAAAGUCGAUAUGAGCCACUUGGGCUUAGUGGAUCAACUCUUGAGAAUCAUCAGUAUUAAGGGCGAAGCACAAGGCCAAGGCCAAUCGAUGAGUGACCGUGCGUCUGCGAAGCUCCGAGACUUUAAAGGACGGUCGCAUAGUCGAGCAAAUAGUGCCGAAACCCAAUUACAACAGGGUCCAUAUGAUGCUUGGCAGGAUGAAAUGGCAGCGAGUAUGAUGACAGGCUCCACCAUGGAGGGUAUAAUGGCAACGUCUACAGAGCUUCCAAUCCAGAGCAAAGGAUCCAUUUCAGGCAUUGACGCACUUACUCUAGAUUACUCGGUCAAGUUCCCAGUUUCUCUCGUUAUUUCACGCAAGGCCCUUACAAAAUAUCAGCUCCUAUUCCGUCACUUACUCUAUCUUAAGCACGGAGAACAAGUCCUUUGCAGUGCUUGGACGGAACAUGCCAAAUCACCUGUUUGGAAGGAUGCAUCCCGAGAACUAAAAGCGUGGCGUGGACGUGUGUAUGGGCUACGGGCAAAGAUGUUGACUUUUGUGCAGCAGUUUGCAUACUAUGUUUGCUCUGAGGUACUUGAACCUAACUGGCGAGAUCUUGCGUCUAAAUUGGCCAAGGUAUCAACAGUAGAUCAAGUCUUGCAGAUCCAUUCCGAUUUCUUGGACACAUGCCUAAAUCAGUGCAUGCUUACUAACUCGAAGCUAUUGAGGAUUUACUCCAAGUUAAUGUCAACAUGUAUCAAGUUCACCAACUAUACUGAUCGAUUUACGCGCGCUUUAAUGUCAAUGGAGAUACAGCUGGACCCGGAGCGUGCAGCAACAGCGCCAUCGAACCAAGGACAACAGAUCGAACAGGCGAUGAAGCGAUUGAACGAAUUUGAGGAUAGCUUCGUGUAUCAUCUCAAGCUCCUGAUAGAUGCGCUCAAUUUUUACAGUGCUUCGGAGACAGUUCAGUUUUUAUGUCUAGUAGUAAGGUUAGAUUACAACCAGUUUUAUACAAACCAGAAUAGCAAAAGUCUGGCUCUAGUUGGGGCGCCAGGCACCCAGCUAUUGUAAACAUAAAGAACUAAAAAAAGAG